AUGGGUUGCUCUGAAAUUUCUCUCGGUGAUACGAUUGGUGUUGGUACUCCAGGUACUGUCAUUCCAAUGCUUGAAGCUGUUACUGAUGUGGUCCCCACUGACAAGCUUGCUGUCCAUUAUCAUGACACUUAUGGGCAAGCUCUUUCAAACAUUCUUGCAUCACUCCAGAUGGGGAUCAGCACAGUGGAUUCAUCAGUCUCAGGUCUUGGGGGUUGUCCAUAUGCCAAAGGUGCUUCUGGAAAUGUUGCCACGGAGGAUGUCGUGUACAUGCUAAAUGGACUUGGAGUGAAGACAAACGUAGAUCUUAAAAAGCUCAUGUUGGCUGGGGACUUUAUCUGCAAGCACUUGGGGCGCUCAUCUGGUUCGAAGACAGCAGUUGCCAUGAGUAAAGUUACAGCUCAUGCUUCUAAGCUAUGA